AACAUCACAGUGGCGUGUUUUGAUAUCGUGUGUUCUCAGUAGACUACUUUAUAAGAACUGUUGAGACGGUCAUUCUUGGCAACCGAGUAUUUGAUGGGGAGAGAGAUUCAUCUGAUUCUCCCUAUUUGCACUUUAACCAAUUUGUUGGACCUGAUUCCCAGCAAAGAUGUGUUCAAUCCCUGGUUUACCUCAAGUUGGAUCACGUUUGACGGUUCAUAUCACAAGGGUAAAUUUAACCCCACACACUGUAUUAGUGGAAUUUGGAGGGAAUUUAAAUCGUGGGCAAGAGAACAGGGAAAUAUGGCAACAACUUAAAGACAUUGAAGUCCCUAGGAGGCGCCAACAUGCUUUUGAAGGCAAACCUGGAGAAAUUUGCUUGGUUUAUGAAGACAGAACUUGGCACAGAGCAAGAAUUAUUUCAGAAACUGAAUAUGAGUACAAUGUGUUCCUAAUUGAUGAUGGAAAAUCACUUUGGACUACAAGCGAAGUUUUGACAAAAUGUCCACACAAUCUUUGCGGUCUUGCUCCAAAAGUAGAGCUUUGUAUAUUGACCAAUGUAUCACCACUGUGUCUUGAGAGUGGAUGGUCUGCGGGUGCUUCAAAGUUCAUCAGAUCUUUGUGUGGGAAAAACAUCUCUGGAUGUGUUCAGGAUGUGAUAAUGCCAUCCCGGAUCAUUCUUCUUGAUGUUCCAAGCAUAUCCAAACAAAUGUAUGAAUUCGGAUUUGCUAAAAAUACGCCUUGUAAAAAUUUCAAAAUCCUUGUAACGUAUUCACUGCAUUUGCCAAGAAGUCCCUCCAUCCAAACUGACCUUUUGACUACAAAUGGUCAGCAGGAGCAUGCCAGUAAUUCAGAUAGGUUGUGGCAGUACUUGUAUCCAGAGUUGUCGCCUGGAACAAUUGAGAUUGUAACUGUAACACAAGUUGUUCAUCCAUUGAAGAUCUAUUGCAAACUGUGUGUCUUUUCACAAGAGCUCAAGAAACUAAGCGUUCAGCUCUAUGAACACUAUGAAGAUGCAUUCUCUGCUCAAAUCCCAGUACCACUGUGUGAUGGGUCUCCGUGUGCAACGAAAGGUAGCGACGGGAAAUGGUACCGAUCGGUUCUUCAGCAGAAUGACAUCUCAGAUGUUGUCAAGGUCUUUCAUGUUGAUUAUGGAAUUGGUGAUUUUGUUAAACUCUCCAACAUCAGACCCUUGUCCGCAAGAUUCUUCCACUUGCCUGUUGUCACCUAUGGAUGCUCUUUGCAUGGUGUAAUUGACAAAGGUGUUGGAUGGCGGACAGAUCAGAUAGAUUAUCUGAAAUCUGUCAUACUGGAUCAAAUCCUUGUUGGAAAGUUCGAGCACUACAGUGUGAGUGAGGGUGUCUAUUAUAUAACACUGUAUGGAAAUGACAAUGUGAAUGUGAACCUAACCUUUGGUCACAAAGAGCAUUGUUUGGCAGUGAACGAGAAGAUGUGUGGGGAUCCAACUCUUGAUACUCUAAACAAAGUGACAUAUGGCAAUAUGCAUGGCAGAAAUAAUUCUCUACAAUCUCUCCAUUCAGCUCAUUUAACCGAGUACUCCAGUUCUGUUGAAGAUGUUAAUGUAGUCGGACCUUCCAAAGCUGAAGGAAACCUACAGUCUACAAAGGGAGGCUACACACUGAAUGCUGCAACAACUUCAUCUCUUCAGGCCGAUGCAUAUGUCGAUGUACCACCCAAAAUUAAAGUGGGUGCCAAGAUGAAGCUACACAUAACCUGUGUGGAAAGCGUGAACCAGUUUUAUGGCCAUUUUGCACAAAAUACUGACGCCGUAGCAAAAAUGACCAAAGAUAUUCAACAGCUGUGCCGCAAACGUCCACAAGCAAAGUUUUCAAUUUCCCCGAAGAUGAUGUGUCUUGCUAAAUUUUCAGAUGGGCAGUGGCACAGAGGACAAAUUGAAUCUGUGCAUCCAAAAAUACUUGUCCAAUUUGUAGACUACGGUGACCUGGUGGUUGUCGAUAAAUCUGAUAUUCUACCAUUUCCUCCAAAUGCGAAUGCAAUUGCAUCUCUUCCCAUUCAGGCUGUUCAGUUUGAACUUUUCAAUGUAGCAUUACCUGAGCCGUGUGAGCUUAAUGAGUGGUUCAAAAACUACGCCACAGACUGCAUGUUCAAUGUAGUUGUGAAGCUAAAUUCUUCAGGCAAACUGUCAGUGGAGAUGUAUGAUGACAAAACAAACCUCAACUUAAAAAUUAAAGACCUGUGGAGCAAGACCAAAAGAAACGAGUCAAUCAACACCAAAGGAAUCGUUAAGACCCGUGGUUUCAAGGAGACUUCAGAAGGCAUGGAGUUUAGAGAGGUGAGAAAUAGUUUUAGCACUACAUCACAAGCACAUGAGAGGACUUUAAAACCAGUUGGUCAAGCCAGAACAGAACAAAACUUCCAGUCCGCUACUGGAUACAGCAAUGCAACUGGAAACAAUAGAGCUUGGCCUAAUGUUUUACAGCAACAAGUAAUGGCUUAUCCAAAGCUCACGGAACUUCCCUUGAGAACCAUCGAUGUGGGGUAUGUUUCAGAUGUCUAUGUUUCACAUUGUAAUAGUCCAUCAAAUUUCUUUGUGCAAUUGACAACUGAUGAAGACGAAAUAUUUUCCCUUAUUGAAAAACUCAAUUGUACUUUGAUAAGUGAUUUACAAGUUGAACUAAAUCUCUUGCAGUCAGAUGAUCUGGUGAAAGCUGAAUAUCCAGCCGAUGGUGCCUAUUAUCGUGCUGUUGUAAAAAGCAAAAAAAAUGGCAUGGUUCAAGUGCAGUUUAUUGACUUUGGGAAUGAAGUGACACUCCUGCCCACUAAAAUAAAGCAACUUGACAAGCAGUUCCUUAGCACUCCCAGGCUCAGUAUUCAAUGCAUGCUUGAGGAUGGAAAGAGACGAGGAAAAAGAGACUGGACCCAGGAGGAGAUAAUGACUUUCAAAGAGGCAGCAGGUGAAAAUGGUGAAAAGAAAAUUCAAUGCAAGUUCAUUCAAGAAGAUGCAACUUGUUGGCUUGUAAGUUUAGAACACCAGGAAGGAUGGUUUACUGUCAAAUCAGAUGCUCAAAGCGAAUCCCAAGUACACUGCAUUAAAAAUACCCAGCCUUUAACUUUCAAGAAGCCAGCUGUAACUCCAGGACAAACUGUAGAGGCAUAUGCUUCAUCUAUCGUCGGACCAAAUUACUUCUGGUGCCAGUUCAAAAACUCAGAGAUUCUUGACAAAAUCUCACUGCUUGCACAAGAAAUUGGAAACAGUAGUCACACGAAAGCAAUCCAGCCAGAUCAGUUACGCCAAGGUGGAAUUUGUUUGGCUCGCUUUUCUGACCAGCUCUGGUACAGAGCACAGGUUAUCAAUACCCAUGAAAAGGUCUCUGUUCUUUUUAUAGAUUAUGGAAAUGAGUCUGAAAUUGAUUUUAACUCCAUAAAGGCCCUGCCAACCAAGCUGCUGGAAAGCCCACCACAAGCCUUUCUAUGUCAGUUGCAAGUUUUGGGGUCUGUAGAGGGCACAUGGAGCGACAGUGCAGCUGAUAAAUUCUUUGAGAUUCUAGUGGAUGAACCUUUAAAAGUGACUGUUCAGAAUAUGGUGGUGACCCCUAACCCUACAAUGUGUCCUCAGUUUAGUGUCCUUGUUGAAUGCAAGGAGCUGAUCGUUAAUGAUCUUAUGAAAGAUUACUUGUCUGAUCCCAAACCUCAAGUCUCUAGUAAGGGGUCCAUGGCAAAAACCAAUGCAGGGAAGGACGAUUUUGGUGUAACUAACUCUGAAGCUGUCCAGAAAAAUAAAACACCCAACCUUAACUCUAGUACAACACCAUCAAGUGAUGAUGUCAACAAUUCAGCAGCAUUGACCACAGGUGUAAACAUGAUGGAUCCUGAAUCAAUGCAGUCUUUUCCUCGAUCUGUAGAUCUUCCCCAACGUGUGAUACAACCAGGUACAAUGUCUGAAGUAUAUAUUUCACACAUCAAUAACCUGAGAAGUUUUUACGUGCAACUCAAAGAGGAUGAGAAUACGCUCUUCUCCCUCACCGAGUCAUUGAAUUCCCAUCAACCAUCAGAGAAAGAUGAAAUGCAUGGAUUGAGUGUUCAGCAGGGAAGUUUGGUGAAAGCCAUGUUUCCUGAAGAUGAUUCCUGGUAUCGUGCUAUUGUGAAAUGUGCUCCUGAAAAUGACAUGGUCUUUGUAGAGUUCAUAGAUUUUGGCAAUGAGGCAAUGGUUUCUUCCCUUAAAGUUUGCAGACUUGACGAACAUCUGCUGUCAUACCCAAGGUUCAGCAUUCACUGCAGCUAUAGUUUAAAUGACCAAUUCAAGGGAAUGAAGGAGCAGGAAAUUCUCUUCAAAGAAGUGCUUGGUGGAGCUGGUGAAAACACCCUCUCUUGCAGUUUUAUCAAAAAAGAUGACAUUGCUUGGGAAGUUACAAUGACUCCCUGUGAAGGCACAUCUGAUUCGCUCAGUAAGAAAUGGGAUCAGUUAGACUUGAAUGAAUUAUCAGUCGUCACCAAACCAGUUAAGGAGACAUUCAAUUUUCUUUUCAAGAAACCAGAUGUUUCUUUGGGACAAACCAUUGAAGCUUUUGCGUCAUGCAUUGUUGGACCUGAUUAUUUUUGGUGCCAGUUUUCGAACUCUGAAAUACUUGACCACAUCACACAACUUGCUCAAGAAUGUGGAAAUUCCAGUGAAACGCAGCCAAUUCUACUGGAUAAUUUGGAUCCUGGAAGUCCAUGCCUGGCUCGCUUUUGUGAUGACCAGAUGUGGUACCGUGCACAAGUUAUUAAGAAGUGCACAAACACAGUAUCUGUACUUUUUGUUGACUUUGGAAAUGAGUCUGAAACCAGUGAAGGUUCUGUAAAAGCACUACCUUGUGACUUGCUGGAAAGUCCACCUCAAGCUUUCCUGUGUCGGUUGGAAGGAUUUAAUCCCUCUGGAGGAUCGUGGGAUAGUGAGGCUACUGAUAACUUCUACGAACUCUUGGUGGAUAAACCUCUGAAAGUGAGUGUGCAGUGUAUUGAUGAUUCAGUGGAACCUAACAGUCCUCCAUAUUAUGUUAAAGUUGAGUCUUCACAAAGUCUUGUAAAUGAGCUCAUGGCAAAGUUUUGGAGUAAUUGCACUCACCAUGAUCAGAACUCUGCUGAGGUGAUUGAAUCCUGUGAAAAAGAUGUGGGAUCAGCACCUGUUGAUCAGUCUAUUUCAGAGGAUAAAACAAGUGAGUGUCUUGCGAUCUCUACUGAGGAUAAUCACACAAGUGUACCUACCUGUCCUGAACUACACGGAGAUAAUCCAUUGAUGGAAAAUGGUAACUUGCAUAAUGUACCUGAAAACGAAGUGGAUGAUAAGAUUGUUGGAGCAGAUGUGAUUGCUACUACAACAAAUUCUGAUGUUGCUGCUAAUGAUCCUGCAAAUUCAGAUUUGGAAAUUCAAGAAGGUUAUCAUGAGCCUGACGGAGUUUCUGUUGUAUCUGCUGAACAAGCGCAGCUGCACACAGAAGAAAAUAAAGAAGAUGGGGAGGAGUCCACAUCCCAAAAUGACCUCCCAUUGACGCCAAACAGAAGUUCAGAUUGGGUUGCUCGUUUAGAAAAACAAAUGUUACCCAUGGUUUGCACUGAAGACUCAUGUGACUCUAAGUGCAUCUUCAAAUGAGUCGAAUUUUAAACUUUUAUUUAUUGUGGAACAGUGUAAACCGUUUCAUUUGGGGAAAUUAAUGCACAACUGAGAAAUGUAUUAAACCAACAACCUGGCCUGUGAAAGUU